CCAGUGCAACAACGAUCCGUGCGGACUAUGUCGUUUGAUUGCUCGCCAACUAUGUUUACGAGUGUCAGUGUCCCCAUGUGUGUCGUUUGGUAUGUGCGUGUGGUGUGUAGGGCACGCAAUGGAUGGGACCUUCUUGACACCACGGAUCAUGGAGUCGAUGUUCUCGACACCAGAGACCAUGAGUCCCAAGACGCACAUUCGCUUGGCAGAACCGUUUCCUCCUUGUGCGAGAUCCGUGUGGCAUUUCAACAGUGUGACUAUGAUCCAGGGAUCGACCGCAGAGGAAUUCGAGGAGAACCCCUGGAUGACCGUCGUCCCGUGCAUGGGCAGGCAUAUCGACGAUUGGUGCGACGGCAAUUCAGCCAAGAUGGAGAGUGACUGCCCUUCGCCAGGCCAGUACAAGUUCGCCAACAUGUUGGAGUUUGGGUCCCUCAUCCCCUUGCCUGACGCUGUCCUCGGUCACAAGUUCCUGAGCCACAUGCGCAAGACAGUAGGCUGCAUUAACCGACAUUUCAAUCGCCUCGAGUGCCAAUACGUCACGUCGUCGCCACAAACUUGGGGAGGCUCACGGAAACACGAGUUGCUGGCCUGCGCUCGACACUGCCCGUUCCUGGAGCAGUACCCGCUCUGUUGCCCCGAUAGUUCUCCACAAGAUGUGUCGUACUGUUGUGUGUGGUUGACUGUGUCCAGAUCUGAUUUCGCCAGGGUUUUGUGUGUCGCUACUUCAAACAAGAGUAGGAAGCUCGUCGAUGCGGUAGUGCUUGUGUCACGCAACGAGAUGGCAAUUGAGGGGUCCAGACUCGUGGCGACGCGCGGGCCUGUUCGUGUGGAUGGACGGCCGGAUUUGGUGAUAGCAAAGCCGGUCCAGAACUUUUCGUUGCAUAGGGAGGUCGAGGAGAAAGUGUCCGCCAUACGGGACUGUAUAGGGAACUCCUUAGCACGACCGGGAGUGUUUGCUAGGAUGAAAUACAUGUCCGUCUUUUCGGAGACUGCAACGGUCGACGACCCGCUGGUCCGCGUUUACGGAUCACCAAUGAAUGCUUUGUAUGGCUACGGUUCACGACCUCGUCCCCGGGGAACCGCGAUUGUCAUAAGAUCUGGACGUGUGGUUGAAAUCCUGCUUAAGCGAAAAGAAGGGAGACGAGUGAGAGGCUUGUGUGCUGCCGAACAUGGCAGACCAUGUGGUCCUGUCAUCUUCAUCGAUGACAGCAGAAGGCGUAAAGUGCUUGGUGCCGUCUUGCGGUGGGAGGACGCAAAGGGGGGCCGACGACAUUUCUAUAUGCAAAACAUUUAUGGCGCCAAGGGCAACAUCGUUGCCAAUUCGAAAGGGACGUUGUUGGACCUCGAAUUGUGUGAGGGGUUCGGAGCGGGUGCUGUGAACACCCCAUUCUACAGAGAACUCGUUCUCGGGGGCGGUUUUGUUUUGGCGCGUGGAGUUCUCGACAUGUUGGAGGACAGAAACAUCACUCUCGACGUCCCCUGCGACGUCGACCCAUCGCUGGAGCUGUCGCUGCCGUUGAAGUUGUGCAGCGGUUGCGAGUCAAGCAGGGCACGGCGGAGGGCGGUGAUCUGGGUUCUGGUCCUGCCACUCACCUGCACCGUGGCGAGAGUCGAGCGGAAGAGUACGGGGCCUGCAGUACAGGUGGCGGCCUAUUCGGAGGUCGACUUGGAGGCGAGCGAGGGACAGGGUGUGGAGGAGGUGGACGCGGGAGGCCGGGGCUCGCAAGGAGCUCCGCAAAAGAGGAUGGGGGAUCGUCGAGACGAGUUCGCCAGUUCUACGAAGAAGUUAAAGAGGAAGGCCCCCAGGACUGCGGGGGAGAAACGCAAGGGGACCGAGGGGGAGCAGGGCCCGCAGGUUGCCAAACGACCGUCUUCGAGACAGAAGCAGCCUGAGUCUAGACCGUCUUCUCCACCGACAACAGGGACUCCCAUCGACGUCGACGCCGGGUACUUCCUCGAGUACAAAGAUGGUGUUCACACAAAGCGAGAGUUCGACAUUAGCCCUGCGCAGGUCGUUAACCUCGGGGACUGGGAGGACGUGUACAACCAGCGGUCCCUGGAUCCCGUGCUCGUGGAAGGGAUCAAAGAAGCGAUGCGGUUGGCGUUCGAAAACAAAGCGCAGUCUUACGAUUUACCAACCCUGAAGCUGGCGCCGCGAGGGCUUGAUAAACCUACUCCGGGGACCAAGGCAGAACGUCUGAGGCCGGAGAAUUGGAGGGAUGAGUUGGCGAAACAAUACUACUACGACGCGGUGUGUGGGCAGCACAACGCGGCUGCAGCUAGGUCGCUGCUCGACAGCGAGGUGGCCAAGAAAUACAAUUUUGAGCGGUGGCCUGCACGAAUGGUCUACUUUUUGGACGACGACUUCAAAGGGUACUUCCUUGUCAGUUCCCAGGACAACAAGGACCUGAAGACGCCCCCACUACAGCUGAAGCUGUCAAUGAGGGACAUUAGGUGGCAGUGGAAGCGCGCCGGUUGCCCGCGUGCUGUUAUGGGGAACCCCAGCGGAAAACAGAAUCAGGUCCGGAAGUGGCGUGAAUUCUGCAAUGUCGCAUUCAACAUGACACUGCACAACAACUUGUGGAUUCUCGCAGAUCAGCAGGGCGAGGAGGCCAUCAGGAAACAAGGUGCUGCCUUGCAUUCCUAUUUCCCGCUAGCCAUGGCAGGGGAGAACGUCUGGAAACCGGCCAAGAAGAAAGUCAAAAACGUGAAGCGUGGGGUUGCAUACAUCCAUAAUGACAAGCUGGGCAGGAAGGAGGUCGUGCACAACGUCCCUGUAGACCCGCCGACAAAAAAAGGCAAAAAGGAGAAAGAGGAGGGCGAGUGGUUCAUGCAAGUGCCAAAGCCGGACGCGCAUUGUUGGAAAACGAUGGAGUCGCUCACAGAGAACGAGAAGUACCGCAUGCUGAAGAAGGUGCUCGCUUGCGAGGUGGUUUGGGUACAGGCCGGCUCCCCAGCGUUGGCAAAGCUCGGAAAGCUGAGUGUCCAGGAGGUGGUGAAUUUGGUGAAGUGCGACCGGGUGCUGGUGCGGACAUUGAAUGCAACCCCGCCCAAUUCGAUCAGCUUCUCGAAGACACAUGCGCGGUCAGUCUGGGAAGUACUGAAGGCAGGACGGCACGUCAUCGCGAUGGAAGGGAACUCCGAGCUCUUGCAAUUUACAACUGAUCUCGUCAAAAGCGAGGUCAAUUCGGGUGCCCACAAUUGCGAGUUCAUGGUCGUCACCGAGACUCGGGCUCGCGCGUGGAACAACAAGACGGACAUGUGGUUCAAGUUGAGUGCGAGGAAGCGGAACAAGCUAUACGACUUCUUGUUCCUGCAAACGCGGCCGAAGAGAGACACUGACGCCGAGUACGUGCGCUGCAAGGACCACAUGUUCACGUUGCUCGACAACUACUACGGCGCCUCCCGCAUGAACGCGAAGACCUUCCUCGAGAGGUUGCAGUCCCUUUACUUCGUGGAGUCAGAGGAGGAGCUGACGUUCGGCAUUUACUCCUCCUUGAUCUCCACGGAAGAYGAGGAGACCACCGGCAUCGAGUUCGACGCGACCGCGGACGAGGAGGGCAGCGACACUGAAAGCCUCGACCUGCAGUACGACCAACACUCCGCGCAACACGCUACAGGGUCGUCCUUGGCAGGUCCGUCGACAAGCCUAGCAUCCCAUGUGUCAACGAUGGCGAAACCAGAGCCUGGCACUACCCCGAUGAAGUUGCUGCAGAGAAUGCAAGCUCUGGCCUCCGGCCAUCGCUCACCGCAUCCCGGGUCUGACAUCCCACCCGAUCAUCUGUCUUGGACAAAUGCCAACAUUCACUUCCUGCCUGAGCCUCAAAGUCAUUCCACGGAGGCAGACUGGGGCCAUGACAUGAUUUGGCAUCCAGGAGUCGUCCAGCCGGCGAUCCAAAAGGGUGAGUGGAUCAUGGCGGUCGCUGUCCCAGACGGAGGAUGGAUGCCACUCCCUCGCGGGUCGAAGUUUGACUUACUCGACGUCGCUAGAAUUGCGGUCCACCAGAAAGUGAGGGCCAAGAAUGACUCUUUCGCACCCGAAGACGUGUCCGUCAUUUUCACAGUCGGGCGAUUGUUCGUCGAACUUCAGGACAAGUGCUGGUUGGAGCUGACGGAGGACUACUAUGACCUCGACACGAGCCCCUCCAAAGGAAGGGUGGACUGGAAAAUCCCCCCUCCCAGUGGGACGCAUGCAAGGCGUGUGGAGGGCCCAGCGACAAGGAGAUGGCGAAGUUCGCCGGGAUCCGAACAUCUUCAGGCAAGGGGGGCCAACCAGGGAUAUUGGUGCAUGCGGGAGGGGCUGCGUGCGGCAGGCGGGAAGGGCAUUCGUCGGAAAUCGACACGGGUUCGGGUGGCUGCAUUGCAUGCAGGGGAAGAAGGCAGGGUGAUGGACAAAGAGAAGGAAGUGGAGGAAGGAGACACAGGGGAGGAAUUGGAGGAAGGAGGGGAGGAAGGGGAGGAAGAUGAGGAUGAAGGAGAGGAAGGGGAAGAAACGGAGUUGGCUGGGUUGCUAGGAGGGCAAGAGGGGGAAAAAGGUGAACUUGAUACAGGAGACGACGAACGGACUUUCGGCGACGACGAUGACAGAUCUGGGGAGUCGUCUGACGGAUUCGGGCAGUUGUACGGAGAACACCGCGAGAAAAACGACGACGACGAUGACAGGGCACUGGGUAUGGAGACACAUGUGGUCACAAGCCUUUCGGCAGAACGUGAUGACUAUGAGGUCCAAGCAAUGACGUCUGCCGUCGAUCUCCAACACCGGUUCAACGAAGCUCGUGUARCARUSAGCCUGACUAARCCGAGUGUGYGUAUUGACAUCGAAGAAGUUAUCGACGGCAUCCUGGGCGACCACCACAUGUCCGCGCAGCCGUCCUCGACGCCUGGUGUCGACGACCCUCUCGACGUCUAACCUUCCGGGGGAUCCGUCGUCGAUUUCUCACCGACGAACUCUCCGAUGCUGCCGCCGACCAUCGCCAACGGAGGAGAAGGCGGGAUCGGGGGACGACAAGAUGUCACAUCCCCGAAAAAAAUUGUCGUCGGCACUCGAGCUCUCGACGUGCUGGCCUUGCCCGCGCCAACUUCGCCGAUUAAGGAGCGGAGAGGCAAACCAGCUGGUAAGCAGUGACAAAGGCCACUCUGUCUGCGCGCCAAUGACCGCAGUGUCUGUCGAUGCGGGGAGUUCCUGAUGUCGGCAUGCUACAGCCACCACUCCUUCGAACUUCCAAGUACAUGUGAACGACCAUCCUAUGAG